CGCAUCCUGGGCGAGCCUGACGGUCGACGACGGAGCGAUUUUAGCUACAUACUUUUAGGUAGCCCUGCUGUCCCUUAGUUCAAUCAUUGUGCCCAUCAUCAUCUCUCCUCUUACCAACUUUUUGCUCAACGCUGGCUCGUUGACUGCUCUUCCACUGCUGACAAAAUUUGCUGGUCACGGAAUCAAUACUCACUGCUUUUGCUCGCAUCCUUCGAGUAUCUUUUUCUUUGAUUCACUGCCUGUCGUCAAGGACAUUAUGUUAUUCCAAUUCCACUCAUCACCGCUUCAGCAAACUUCGAUGUAUUUUCUAUUGGCCACUGUGUUCUUCAGUGCAGUUUCUGUUGUCAUUGCUGUGCCUAGCUUUUCUAAGGCCACGGAUCUGGUACUCGGUCACUCAAAACCGGAAGAUUCCUCCAAGUGGACACUGAGGGUUGGGGUUAAGAACCCCUCCUCCUGGAGACGAAUCCCGAAUUUCCGGAUCUCAAUGGAUGAUAUAGUCGUUCUCAUCAUUGGAUCAAACCAAGCCUUUGCAGCUACUACGCAUGUUACAGAUAAAGCUGCUGCUGGACCUCUGGAAAAGACAAUGACGCUGAUUCAGCCAUCAUUAUCGAAAAUUCCAAAAUGGAAGAUGCACAUUCAGGCUGUAUACUAUGUCACGCUCCAAAACCAGGACGCAUUUUUUUUCUGUGAAAAAUGUCAAUUUGACGAGCAGAAAACCUUUGACAUCUUGCGCAGCAGCUCUCAACUCGAAGCAGAAGUUGGACCACCAGUUGAUAUGGAAAACCUGGAUUUGGAUUACAUUGAUCGUGCGUUGAAGCUUUUCCGGAAGGUCGGUUGGUUGAAAGGGGAUUUGGCCCAGGAGAAGUGGCAUGGGUUUAGGGAGGAAAUAAGGUCGGGUAGAGUUUCGGCAAUGGCAAAGGAAAAGGAAAAGAAAAAGGCACAGUAAUGUCUCGAACUUGAAUAUGGGUGGAUUGCAUUUUUGGUACCUUCGGUGCUUCCAUUAAACAAAUUCUGUUGUUAUUUUUUUUGCUUGUGACGAUCCUCUCCCAACUAGACAUUGAUGUUGCAUAGAUCUAUAUCUAUUCAUCAUAAAUUUUUCGUU